AUUACAACCGGCAACCUCGUCCUCGUUUAGUGAUUCCGGGUUUUGUCCAUUUAUUUUUAAAAAAUGCGGAGAAUGCUUAUUAGACGAUUCCACAACUAUGCGUAUUUGUGUCGCGAAAAGAAGCCGGAAUCCGCCAAGGAACUGCUAGAAAAUGCCGCGACAUACGAAAACGCGAAACCAGCGAGUGCCGAGGACGAGUGGUACACUCUUCCCUACGCAGAAGGAAGCCCUCUCAAGCGCGGACAAGGAGCCCGCUCCCUCCGUCCAAAUGUCGACCCAAAGGACACUUCCAUAAUUCUCUUCCCCGGCCAAGGCGCUCAAUUCGUAGGGAUGGCGAAAGAUCUCCUGAAAUUCCCCGGAGCGCGGGAUAUUUUCGAACUGGCGAACGAAAUCCUUAAAUACGACUUGCUUAAGCUAUGCCUAGAAGGACCGAAGAAGGAUCUUGAUCAGACAAUCCACUGCCAGCCUGCUGUCAUGGUGGCUUCCCUCGCAGCGUUGGAACGACUCCGUGAAGAGCGACCGAAAGCAAUCGAUAACUGCGUCGCCACGGCGGGUUUCAGUCUCGGUGAAAUCACCGCGUUAGUGUUUGCCGGAGCAAUUCCCUUCGAUAAGGCCUUGAAGCUGGUACAGGUCCGGGCCGAAGCAAUGCAGAAAGCGAGCACCGAAUUCCCGGGCGGAAUGGCGACUGUUCUGUACGGUCCCGACUCCGAAUUGAGUCUUGCCUGCAAAAAGGCACAACAGUGGUGUCUCGAAAGAGGCGUGGAGAACCCCCAAUGCACAGUUGCCAACUACCUCUAUCCGCAUUGCAAGGUGAUAGCAGGCAGCCGCGAAGCUCUCAAGUACAUAGAAACGAAUUACAAACAUUUUAACAUCAAAAGAGUCAGAUCAUUGCCAGUGAGUGGGGCCUUCCACACCGAACUGAUGUCGUCUGCUGUUGAUCCCUUCAAAAGGGCGUUGCGGUCUAUCCAAUUGGAAGAUCCGAUAAUCCCAGUGCACUCGAAUGUCGACGGCAAAAGGUACGCCAACGCCGCCCAUAUCGUUCGACAGCUCCCGAAACAGAUUAUCCGCCCAGUGAAAUGGGAGCAGACGCUGCAUAUUUUAUACGAACGAAAACAAGAAACCAACUUCCCAAGGACGUUCGAAUGCGGACCAGGCCGAGGGCUCACGACCAUCCUGAAACAAGUCAACGCCAAGGCGUGGGACUCUGCAAUGAAUGUCGAAGCGUGAACUAGUCUAAGCUCAAAUG